AUGGACCACGUGGCCGAUGAUGAGGGUCGAGUACUCGCUCACAGAGUUGACGAGUUGAGACAACAGCUCCAGGAAGCCGAAGCCGCUCUAGACCUGCAUCGAAGGCAGGUAGAGGUUGAUCGUCAGAUCGCUUUGGAUCGCGCUGUAGCCUUAGCGCUGCAAGAGGAAGAGGGCGAGCAACUAGGGAUCUGGGACCAGGAGGACGAAGGAUACGACCCCGCCAGUCAUGUACCUGAGGCUCGCGAGAACACUGAUGAGCGGACAUGCACUAGCUGCCUGGACGACUUCAACUACCACGACACCUACCGCUCUGCCUGCGGCCACGACUGGUGUCAAACCUGUGUCGUCAAUCGCUUCGAGCUGGCCGCCAAGAGGACGCAGCUGUUCCCUGCGGAAUGCUGUCACCAGCCAAUCCUGCCCGACAAUGAUACGUUCAUUGCCCCCGAGCUCUGGGAGCGUUACUUGGAGAAGAAGGCCGAGAUCGAUACGCCUAACCCAACGUUCUGCUCUAAGCUCGACUGCAGCAAGUUUGUCCCACUCCAGAGCAUCAAGGAGGGACAGGCGGAGUGCACCUGUGGUCGCGUCACUUGCGUGGAUUGCAUGGCUGAGUGGCACACUGGCGAGUGCGUUGUGGACCCUACGAUGGAGCAGAUUCUCCGGAUGUCUGAAGAGGAGAAGUGGCAGCGAUGCUUUCGUUGCAGGAACAUGGUCGACAGAAUUGAUGGUUGUAAUGAAAUGAAUUGCAGCAUGUGCGGUGUCAAAUUCUGCUACGCAUGUGGCAAGGAGUGGAAGACAUGUCCCUGCCCUCAGUUCGGGACCCUUGAACCUGAGGUCAUUGACGAUCAGAACGAUGACGGCCGCCAAAUUGAACGGCCUGACUGGGGUCCCGAGCCUGACGAGAUUGUUGAGCCUGACGAGAUUGUCGAGGCUGAUGAGUCUGUUGAGCCUGAUGGGCUUGCCUUUCCCGUUCAGGCUGAAGUGAAUCCACACGCGUUGUUGCCGGAUUUACGCAGGCUUUUGGCGACAGGGCGGCGGGUACAAGCGAGAGAGCACAUGAGACUUCGGGGACCAUGGAGGACAACCGACCCUGACAGCCACGCGCACAACUGGCGACGAGUCCGGGGCGGUCAAGAUUGCCAGAGCUGCAACACCUUCAUGUCGAACUUCCUGUUCGAAUGUGUUGACUACUUUUCGUACUCCGUAGCCAUAACGGCUGGUGGCCUUGUUUUCAGACCUGAUAAUCGCUCUCCUGAUAAGAACAUGCCCAAGAAGAUCGUCAAACUCUUUUCCAUCACGGAUAUCUGUCUCGACCACUUGGAUCUGGCGACGCGCAGUCUCGUCAUCAAGAUACUGAGGCAGGAUGUCGAAGAGGCUAUGGCAGAGAUGAAGGGAAAACCAGGCCAGAUCGAUUAUGAUUCCAAGACGGCGAUUGAAGUCUACCUGGCGGACCUCGAAGCCCAGACUACUUUCCUCUCGGACAAAGUCAUGGCACAGAGUAUCGUUCAAGCCGUGCACCACGACGAAAGCAUCAUCGCAGCGGCACUGGCUGAGGAGAAACAAGCCGACAGCGAUCGACAGGCAGCCUUGCAACUCCACCAUCAUGGCCGCCUCCCAGAACAUCCCCAGCGCCCAGAAUCCGACACGAAUGCUAAGAUCAAUGACGAGCUUCGCGUUAAACUCGAGGCUCGGUACAAUUUACCUCCUUUUGACGACGAUGACGACGAUAUCUACUCCCCAGACGGUCCCAGCCUGAGCCUAUCUCUACGACCAAAGAAGGUUCGGCCAUGCCUGAUUUGCACUGAAAGCUUCCCUUUCCAUGAUCUUGCACGACUCCCUUGCUCCCACGAGUACUGUCGCGGAUGCAUCCAACAGCUUUUCACAAGCUCCCUCACCGACGAGACAUUGUUUCCCGCCCGUUGCUGUAGCCAGCGCAUCCCCGAGACGAAAACCCAGAUUCAAAUCUUCCUCGGUGGGCAGCUCGUCGGCAAAUACCUGGCAAGGAAGCUUGAGAUGGAAACACCAAACAGAACGUACUGCCACCGGCCCAACUGCUCCACCUUCAUUCCUCCCCAGGGAAUUAAGAACGACAUCGCAACCUGCCCAAAUUGCCAGAACAAGACAUGUUGCAUUUGCAAGGCUGCCGUCCACAAGGGGACAGACUGUCCCAAAGACGAGGCAGCCCAGCAGCUUUUGGCUUUGGCGAAGAAACAAGGCUGGCAGCAAUGCUUCGCUUGCAACAAAAUCGUGGAGCUCACGAAAGGUUGCAACCACAUGAUCCGGAAAGCCAGGGGACAGCCAGGAGCGUGCAAAUGCCAGCUCUUCGACGAAGAGACGCUCGCCCGUCAGGCCGAGCAAGAAGCUGCCCGUGACCCAAGAUUCCACCAGCAGUCCCAGGCAAGACAGCGACAGAUUGUGCAGCAGCGGAGGAGCCACAUCGUCCGGAACCACGCCUGCCAGCACCUCAGUUGGCAAAAGAAGCGGGGAACGUUUAGGUGUGGAAACUGCGGCGACAACAUGCCGGAUUACAUCUUGGAGUGUACCCAGUGCGAUCUGGAGGCUUGCGUCCGGUGCAAGCGCAAUCGCCUGUAG